AUGCAGUUCAAAUCGUUGCUCUUCCUUGUUCUCAUGGUUCUUGCCUAUGCGGUCGCGAGAAAAUUUACCGAAGAGGAAUGCAAGCCAUUUUGCGAGCAUUUUCAAACACAUGUUUACAAAUCCGAGGACGAAUGCACAAAGAAGUGCAUGACAUUCGACAGAUCUUGGUUUGGUUUUGAAGAAGAGGAAGAAAAUGCUGCAAUUCUUUGA